UGAAAAAAAAACAAAACACGAUGUAUUUUUUGGUGUUUGUCUCUGUUCCUGUCACGGAGCUCCUAAAGCCCUAGGAGUCUCCUAAGGGGUGAGAGUGUUGUCAUUGUCAUGUUAAUGAGGUUGUGUUGGACCCGGAUUGGAGCUGGCCGCCAGGGGAAACACCUGUGGUUAGAGGGCUGCCGCCUCCAGCUCCACCCCCAACCUCCAGGGAAGGGGGAACAGUUGGCCAGUAGUUCUGGAUGUAGAACCAGUCAUCGGUGGUCAAUGAUUUGAUCAAUUAUGCCUCAGUAUUGAAGCCUCUAUAAAACCCCCAGAGGAUGGGCUGCGGAGAGCUUCCUGGCUGGUGAAUAUGUGGAGAUCUGGGGAGAGGGGUGCAUCCGGAGAGGGCGUGGGAGGUCUGCACCCUUCCCCACACUGGCCCUGCGCAUGGCUCCGUCUGCCUGCUGCUAGGUCCCAGCCUUUUCUAAUGGACCGGUGAUCUACGAUGAUGACAUCUCCGUGAGUCAGAUUUGGGCUGUACUCUGCUUUUAGGAGAAAAACAUUCCUGAUUGGUGGGAAAGGAGGCAAACUAACCCCACAGCAGGUCAAGGGGCAACCGUUUCUAAUUAAUGGCAGUGUCCAUGGAAGAAACAUUCAGCUGUGAAGAAUUUUGUGAGUUUAUUUGAGCCCAAACUGCAGACAAUCGCCAAGGAGCAAGAUCUCAACGGAUUGAGCUAGAGCUCGGGAGAAUGGCAGUUUUGCACCUUACUUUAUACGAGCAGAAGAGGAGAUGUGAGUGGGUUACAUGAAAUCCACUGGUGACAGAUCAGGGAGGCGGGAGAAAGCAAAGUGGGGAAACCCCUGGGAUUAGAUGAAAGUGACAUGAUAGACACCUACUCCUUGUACAUCGGUGGGUACAGGACAGUCAACAAUUAACUCAGUGACAGUGCGGGGAUGUAGUCUCUGCAGCGGCGCCUGUGCUUCGAGGGGUCCUGAGAAAGGGAUGACUUUGACAUUCCAAAGGUGUGAGACGCGUUUGUCAGAAGACUGUGGGUGCUGAGCAGCAGAGAGCCCCCUGCUGGCUGCACCUGGGCGCCAGUCGAUGCCAAAGUCCCACAGGUCUGGGGCACAGCAGAAGCACGACUCAUUUUCCUCCCAACACUACCCAAAAAAAGAAAUGAGUUUCUUCCCACAAGAGCCACCGCGGUUGGUCGCACCAGGAGGACAAGUGAGGUUUCCUCCAAACUGGAUGGCAAACAAGGACGCGGUCCACCUCACCAAGAACUUCAACCUGAUGACGCUGACCCCUCAGCUGCCCGGAGAGAGCAAGGGCCAGCAGCACACAAAGGGGCUUGAGAAACACCUGUACAACCAGUACGAGGAGAAGGUGCGCCCCUGCAUCGACCUCAUCGACUCCCUGCGCACCCUGGGCGUGGAGCAGGACCUGGCCCUGCCCGCCAUCGCCGUCAUCGGGGACCAGAGCUCGGGCAAGAGCUCCGUGCUGGAGGCUCUGUCGGGCGUCGCCCUGCCCAGAGGCAGCGGAAUUGUUACCAGAUGCCCACUGGUGCUGAGGCUGAAGAAAGCAGUCUCGAGUGACUUCUCGUGGAAGGGGAGGAUCACCUACCGGAACACGGAGCUGCAGCUUCAGGACCCCUCCCAGGUGGAGAGGGAAAUAUACAAAGCCCAGAACAUCAUAGCCGGGAAUGGAGUUGGCAUUAGCCACGAGCUCAUCAGCCUGGAGAUCAUCUCCUCCGAGGUCGUGGACCUGACCCUCAUCGACCUGCCCGGCAUCGCCAGGGUGGCCGUGGGAAAUCAGCCCCAGGACAUCGGGGUGCAGAUCAAGGCGCUCAUCAAGAAGUACAUCCAAAGACAAGAGACCAUCAACUUGGUGGUGGCCCCCUGUAAUGUGGACAUCGCCACCACGGAGGCAUUGAGCAUGGCUCAGGAGGUGGACCCUGAUGGAGACAGGACCAUAGGGAUCCUGACCAAACCGGACCUGGUGGACAAGGGCACCGAAAAAAACAUCGUCAGCGUGGUGCAGAACCUCACGUACCGUCUCAAGAAGGGCUACAUGAUAGUGAAGUGCCGGGGCCAGCAGGAGAUUACAAACAAGCUGAGCCUGGCCGAAGCCACCAAGAAAGAAAUAGAAUUCUUCCAGACACAUCCGUAUUUCAGGGGCCUCCUGGAGGAAGGAAAGGCUUCGGUGCCCCGUCUGGCAGAAAGACUCACCUCUGAGCUCAUCUCGCACAUCAAUAAAUCACUCCCGUUAUUAGAAAGUCAAAUAAAGGAGAACCACCAGAGGGCGAUAGAGGAGCUGCGCCAGUGCGGGGAGAGCAUCCCCAACAACGACUCCGAUAAAAUGUUCUUUCUGAUUGAGAAAAUUAAAAUGUUUAAUCAGGACAUUGAAAAGUUAGUCGGAGGAGAAGAAGUCGUAAAGGAGAAAGAGAUCCGCUUAUACAACAAACUCAGGGAGGAGUUUAAAAAGUGGGUACUCGUGCUUGAAGAGAACACCCAAAAAGUUAAUAGUGUUAUUCAUGAAGAAGUCUCGAAAUAUGAAAGUCAGUAUCGUGGCAAAGAGCUUCUUGGAUUUAUCAACUACAAGACAUUCGAGACCAUAGUGCAGCAGUACAUCGAGCAGCUGGUAGACCCCGCCCUGAACAUGCUCCAGAGGUCUGUCGAAACUAUCCGGCAAACUUUCGUUGACACAGCCAAAACACAUUUUGAAGAGUUUUUCAACCUUAAUCAGAUAGCCCAGAACAAGAUUGAAGACAUCAAAGCAGAACAAGCAGGAACGGCUGAAAGGCUGAUCCGCCUGCAGUUCCGGAUGGAGCAGCUGGUUUACUGCCAAGACCAGCUGUACAGCGCGCUUCUGCAGAACGUGCGGGAAAACAGCGCUGGCCAGUUCGGAAGCGUUUUUCAGAAGAAUCCGGUGCAGAUGCCUUUUUCAAAGGAUGUGUCUGCCGUGUCCUCCGUCACUGAGAUCGGGAUGCACCUAAAUGCGUACUUCUCGGGGUCCAGCAAGCGUCUCGCCAACCAGAUCCCACUCAUCAUCCAGUACUUUAUGCUCCAAGAGAAUGGCAGUUGCUUGCAGAAAGCCAUGAUGCAGAUACUGCAGGAGAAGGAGCACUAUUCCUGGCUGCUUCAGGAACAGAGUGAGACCACCCAGAAGAGGAGAUUCCUCAAGGAGAAGAUUUACCGGCUCACGGAGGCACGGCGCGCUCUCUACAAAUUCUCCUGUUAAAGCGGGUGGAUAGAUGGACCGGCAACAGCACUUGGGGGUUUUAUCUUAGGCGGGUUCAUCAUAAUGGGAGGUGGUGCAGGGAGUGAGGUCGCCUCUGGGGCCGGCUUUUUCUCUUGCUGUCUGUCCAUCUUCGCCAACUGCGCUGGGCACCAGAGUUGAGGUCUGCAGUCUGCACACUUCGAGCUGUCACCCCCGCCUCUGUGAACAGAGGUCUCUCCAGUCCUUGGCCCCGUAGCCUCUAGGCACAGCUUUCUUACUACUGCUAUCAUCAUUCUUUGUUAAUUUGUCUCUCUCCACCCAUCAGAUUAUGAGACCCCCCCCCCAGAGGGAUUGGUAGUAUUAUAUUCUUUUUUUGGUAUUCCAGAAUCUUGCAUGGCACCUGGCACAUAGUAGGCACUCAAGAAAUGAUACCUCAUGGACCAUAGGAAUGAGAGAUUCCUUGAGGCCAUGGCUGAAACCAGACUUUGUUGGGGAUGGUGUCCCAUAGCUGGUCACUUUCAGAUGAAUUCGGUCAUGCCAGCUGCUGUGACCGUGUUCCCCAGCCCCCGGGAGAAACGAGCCUGAUCGAUACUGAGUUAUAGUAUUUCUCUAGCUCUGACACGCUCCCAUUGUUAAGUCUCUUUUUUUAAAUUUAUUGGGGUGCCAUUGGUUAUAUGUUAAGUCUUAAAAGGAAAUUUAAUCAUAAAAAAUAUUGCCCAGCCGCUGUGGCUCCGUGGAUUGUGUAUUGUCCCACGGACUGAGGGUCCCAGUUCGAUUCCCGGUCAGGG